AUGGCCGACCAAGCCGCGGAGCCUGAAGUGAAGCCCUGUGAUGUGCUAUCAGCAUGGGAGAAGAGCAAAACUGUGAUGAACCGUUUGAUGCAGGGCUGUUUGGUGCAUUUGCCCCCAGACACCAAGAAAAUCAAGCGAGAUCAUCUUGCCGAGAACGUCGAGCUUCUCGGGCCUGAGAAUGUCCGUCCACGUGGCUCAGCAGCCGCAGAUGAUGAUGAGAAUGACAGCGUGUCUGAUGAUGAAGCUGCUGAGUCCGAAGCUGAAAUGGAAGAUGAUGCUGAGAUUGAGGUAGAGGAGGUGGAGAUGCCCGACAAGGGUGCCGAAGUGGAACCCUCGAGACCUACGGCCGAAGACUCUUGCUUGAAGCAUAUCUACACCCUGCUCCGCAGCAUCGUCUUCAUCUCCGGCGAUCGUGACACCGCCUCCUCGCACCCAGGUAAAGAACCGCUGAGCCCGAGAAGCCAGGCAAAGCAGCGCAGGGAGCAUUAUUUGGUACAGGAUCGUGCCUAUGGAUACUUGUGUGUCCUUUGCGGAAACAAUGCAAAGGAACCCGGGAUUCUCAGAGCCAAGAAAUGCUUCCCACUCCCGGAUCUGAAGCCAUUGGAUGAGCACCUUGAAAAAGCUUCGAAGUCCAGCAAGGCCUCUGGCUCAGGAUCUCCCCGCCCUAGCCCGACCGAAGCCUUAUCAGAGGUGACCCCCAAGCAGGCUUCAAUGAUGGAGGAGUUAGCAUUUUUGCAGAAGCAACAGGCUAAGUUGGAGGAGCUUUUGAAAUUGCAGGAACUCGAGGAUUUCGAAAGAGCUUUGCAGGAGGAAGAGGAGCAGCUACAGGCUGCUUUAAGAAGGUCUGAGUUGGAGGCUGAGGAAGCUGAGCUGAAUCGCAAACGCAGUAGGCCAGCUGAUGAUACAAUUUUUCAUGCAGCAGAAGCUCCAGCAUCAAACACCGCAAAGCCAACCGACUGCCAAGCCAUCCCAGCAUCCAGCUUUGAAGCAAGACUUGCUGCGGUUUCAGAGGCCCCUCCUGCAAUCAUGGAGCCAACCAAAGCAGAGCCUCAUGAAGUCUUCUUUGACCCAAAGAAUGAACUGGAAAUGCCCCCCUCAGCAAUCGUGGAGCCAUCCCAAGCAGACCCUGAUGUGGCCCCAAAGAAUGAAGUGGAAGUGCCCCCCGCAGCAAUCGUGAAGCCAUCCCAAGCAGACCCUGAUGAAGUCUCCGUGGCCCCAAAGAAUGAAGUGGAAGUGCCUGGCCCAGCAAUCGUGAAGCCAUCCCAAGCAGAGCCCGAUGAAGCCAAAGUGGUGCCACCCGUGAUCAGCAUGCCCAGCACUGGGAUUUGCCCCGAUCUCCUCGACACGGUGCCUGAGGAGCCACUGUUCUACGAGAAGCCUCCGGCAACUUUGGAAAACGAGUCUGAGGAGUUGUUGGGGACAUGCAAGAGGCUCGAGGUACCUUUAGUGACAAAGGGUCCAGAGGCACCGCAGGCAGAGAGUGCAGAGGUUGUGCAGCCUACUAGUGUGUCGCUCAGAAUCGAACCAUUGUCUGAUGCUGAAGAAGGGGAGGAAGAGCUCCCCGAAGAUGAUGUGUUGAUCGAUGUCAAUUCAGAAGGGAAGCUGCAAAGUAAAAAGGCUCAUGAGGGCCAGGAGGAGGAUACAAAGCUCGCAAGCCCCAGCAAAGCCACUGUCUUUUACGACAGACACCUGCCUCCCUGCCCGAUUGAAAGUGAUCACAAGCCCGCAACACCCGCAGAGCAGAGACUGGCUGUGGGUGCUCGUGGAGAUGGUCCUGGACGUGGUCGCGGCCGUGGACGCGGACGCAAAGGCUCGAAGGGCAGGGGCAGGGGUCGAAGCAGUGGAAAGGGCAAAGGCCGAGGUGGCCGAGGUCGGGCUUCGGACGAAGUGGAUGAAGAAGAAGAUGAGAGUGAUUGCGAGGAAGAGACUGAGCCUCCGAGGGCCAAGGCGGCCCCAAAGAGGUCGGCGAGCACGCCAAAGGCUAAGGCGGCACCCAAGAGCAAGCGCUCGAAGGACCCAGCACCCAAAGUGAAUCCCCGUGGCCCCAGCAACAAACGCAAAGCCGAGGAUGCAGCACCGAAAGCGAAUCCCCCCAGUGGCCCCAGCAACAAACGCAGAGUGGAGGAUGCAGCGCCAGAAGUGAAUCCCCCCAGCCGCCCAGCGAACAAACGCAAAGCCGAGGAUCCAGCACCGGAAGUGAAUCCCCCCAGCCUCCCAGCCAACAAGGGCAGACGAAAGGAUCCAGUGCCGAAAGCAGGUCCCAAAGCCAAAGCCAAGGUCAAAGCAUCUGCAAAACGAGCUGCUAGCAAGCCGAACAACACCACAGAUGAUGCUGAGGCUGAAAAGAAGGCACAGAAGUCACGCAAGUCUGUGGCAUAUCAUCGUGCUGUGAAGCAAGCCAAAGAAGAUGGAAUGACAGAGGAGGAAUGCAAACAAGCAGGGAAGCAGGUCUGGCUGCUGGCCUUACAUAGACACGACAAGCUGUUGAGUGAGAACGGUCACAACGUCGCCUCGUAUGAUCGCCUCUACGGCCAGCCCAUGGACUUCACAUCGAAUGCUGGCUUUGCGUUCCAUGCAUUGCAAUAUGUACGUGUGUACAUGUGCUUGGUUUGUGCAUGGAUGAUCGAUCAGAUACUGCAGCUGAUAAGCAGCGAGGUCUACCGGCAAUCUUUCUGGUACAUUGACAAGGCCGGGAAGCAUCGGUAUGUGGGGAAAACAAAACUCCUCAAGGACUCCGGGAUUUACACCCGGACCUUUGGUGAGAACUUGCUGUACGCCUUCGAUCAAUGGUGCAAGUUGCCUCCUGCCGAUCGAGCAGAUGUUCGAGGCCGCCGGCACGUAGAUCUCGGCAGCAGUGAUAAGGAGAUAUUUGCUGCUUUGGAAACGGAUGAUCUGUGGUUGGACGCCCGGGUCCACGAGACGUUCCUGUACUUGUAUGGGUCGAAGAAUUGCAAGAUACCCGACAGCUGGUGUGGUGUAAUGGAGAACUUCAAAGAUGAAGUCAUGAUGAAAGCAGCCCAGGAAAGGAUCGGGGCACUCCAAGCCAGCCUCGCAAGCAAGAAGGCAGCAGCACGGAGCGAGUGCGGCAAGCCUGCAGGUCUGACCUUUGAAAGGAAGACUUCGUCUUUUCAGCUGGCUGGGAAUCUCAACGUGCCCCUGUCUGCUGGCAAGAUCGCUAGGAGGGAGACGGAGCUGAGCAUGGAAAGCUAUGACAGCGCAGUCGAAGAUGCUCAGAAUCCCAAUCCAAAACUGGAUGAGUUGCUGAACAUGCCGGUUGCAAACUCUAUGCCCCCGCCCAAGAAAAGCCCCAAGCGACCUUUGCAAGGUGUGGACGGGUUCCCAGAGUUCCCAGAGCCCCGGCCCAAGUCUCAGCGAGAGAUCCACGCCGGAGAGCAGCUACGGGACAUGUUGAAGACACACGGAAGUUUCUCUGCAAUGGAGAUGCAGCUGAAGAAGACUCACUUGAAGAAGAAGCAGUUGAAGCGGGCUGGUGGUUGGUAUACGAAGACGUACCUUGCCAAUGUCGCCCAUUGGACAAAGUCCAUGAUAGAGGCGGCAUGGAAGUGGGCGGCGAAGACCAACAACUUAAGGAAAAAUGAGAUACAUGGCGAGGAGGAGGCUCGACUAUGCUUGACGGAUGAGUUUCAGUUGUUGGACGAGGAAGGACAAGAGAUCUCCAUUCAGGGAUCCCUCGAGCUGGACGAUGCUCGCAUGCAAUAA